AUGGCACGCAAGUUGGACAAUAACGGCUUGCCUUUCUUGCCGGGGUUCUCUUUCCAGGAUGUAUCGAAAACAGCCUUUCAUCGUCCUCAGACGUUGUCGUAUGCCAGGGGCUUGGCAUUGGCUCGUCAGCCUAGGUUAGGCAUUGGACUGGAGCCUCUAUUAGCGGAACAGAUGUUGCAGGAGGAGCUAACUGGCAUGGCCGGUGACAUGCCAGACUUCACUUACGGCUCCUUUGACACCAAAUACAUAAAAGACUUGCCCUUCAUACCAUCCUAUGUCACUCUUGACAAGAAGGUGCUUUGCUUCAGAGCAUACUUUAAGGAAGAUAUCAUCAACAGUCGUCAGGAGAAGAACUGCGUCCGCCAUGUGGAUAUAUACUACUACCUUGAGGACGACAGCAUGAACAUCUCCGAACCCUGGAUGCCAAAUUCUGGGAUGCUACAAGGCCAGCGGCUCAAACGCCACUGUUUCCCCAAGAAGGAGCCUGGGAAGUAUUAUCACUGGAAAGACCUCAAUCUUGGCAUUGACCUGGAAGUGUAUGGUGUCAAGUACCACAUUGCUCAGUGUGAUGCCUUUACUAAGGACUUUAUGCAGCGUCAGGGCAUUAUUCUCAAUCCGCCAGAGGAAAUGCCUGUGGAUACUUAUCUCAUGAAUCGGAAAAAACCUACACCAACCUUCACGACACCCUCUGAAUUUGACAGCAGGUACCAGUUUCUUCACAUGGAUCGCAAGGUGCUGCGUUUCUUUGCCCUAUGGGACGAUUCAGAGUCUGAGCUUGGUGAAAUCUUGCCUGUUACAAUUCACUACUUCUUGGUGGAUGACACGGUGGAGAUCAGGGAGGACCACAAGCCCAACAGUGGCCGCUAUCCUUUCCCAGUGCUGAUGCAGCGGCUUAGGAUACCGAAGAAAAUGAAGCCAGGCCAUGACCAAUUCCCUAGCUGUGUUAUGGAAGAUUCUGUCGAAGAAGUGGAAGAGUACUUCUCCCCGAAAGACUUCCAAGUUGGCGAAAUGGUGGCAAUAUUGGGACGCCGUUUCUUACUGUACGACUGUGAUGAGUUCACUAGGGACUACUACCAUGAAAACUACCCAGAGAUGACCAUCAAAAGCAUAGAAGUACCCAAGCAGUUGGGCAAGUUUGAGGGCAUGCAAAGGGAGAUUCCUCCCUAUAAUGGCUUUGGAUCACUGGAAGAUUCCCUCCAGAGUUGUUUAUCUCUACUCCCCCAACCUCCCAGAAAGAAUGUGGUAAAGAUGCUGGAGAAUGAGCACAAAGUGCUGCGUUACAGUGCCCGACUGGUGUCGCGUAAGGACGCAUCAGAGUCUCAGAAACGCAAAGAUGCGGAUCGAUUUUUCAUUUUGUCCUAUUUUUUGUCCGAUGACUCAAUCUGUCUUUACGAGAAUCCCAAAAACAACUCCGGAUUCAAGGGCGGAGUGUUCUUGAGAAGGACACGUGUUCCCAAACCAAAUACUUCUGUGGACAAUCCUGAAUUCUACUCACCGUCAGACUUUUCGAUUGGAGCAGUUGUGGACAUUUUUGGUCACCGCUUCACCCUCAUAGACGCUGACCUUUAUGUGCUAAAUUACAUGGAGGACAACCCAGGAAUGAUUCCCUUGGAGACUCUAGAAACCAUCCGCCAGAAGCUUAGGUCUGAACCCAAGCAGACAGCUGAACAAAAUGGACCAGAAGUCAAGAGCCUGAGAUUCUUGACACAAGACUUCGGGAAGUAG